GCAGCUGUAUUAAGUUAGCUGUGCAGUGCAUGAAGUCCGGAGGGGGAAAGCUGCUGCCAACAUCAAUCUGUCAUCGGUGCGUUUAUGAUUCGUGUCAGCUGGGUUUGGACUUUAGGGUGUUUUCUGUCUCACGAUGUCAGCAGCUGGGUGAAAAACAACAUACGCGGGGUUGAGCGCGGAUUUGGUGACAGUGUUGUACUGUAUGCUCUGAUAUCAGGGUCAGGUCGUGAUACAGCUUCUUUUUUAUUGCAUUGCAUGGCGAUCUGGGAAAACUCUAGCCUUAAUGUUUCCUUGUGCAGUAUAGAUGAAUGAGUGAACACUUAUCCUCAUUUGCAUUCCAGCAUAAUUGAUUGGUUAAGACUGGACUUGGCCCCUUAAACACAUUGAGGGCUCCAGUACAGUGAUGGUAUCAGGAGGUAAUACCAUGGUAUUUCAGUAAGGCCAUGGUAGGGCUAUGAGGUGUGACCAAAAUCCUAUAUCACAAUUACACCUGCAGUGAGUUCGGAGACUGUUGUCAUCCCGGUUGUCAUGGAGAAGCCAUGGAGGUUAUGGGGGGCACUGGAGGCGUGUUUGCUGACAGUGUGCGCCUGGUCCUGGGGAUUCUGCCGUGUCUCCCUGCUGGCCCUCAUUCUGACCUUCCACCUGUACGGAGGCUUCAUACUGCUGGGACUCAUCCUGGCCUCUGUGGCCGGCAUCCUGUACAAGUUCCAGGAUGUGCUGCUCUACUUUCCCGACCAGCCCUCAUCAUCCCGCCUUUACAUCCCCAUGCCGACGGGAAUCCCCCACGAGAAUGUGUACAUCCGCACCAAAGAUGGUGUGCGGCUCAACCUCAUCCUGCUCCGUUACACUGGCGAAAACUCUGCCUCCGCUCCCACCAUUUUAUAUUUCCAUGGCAAUGCGGGGAACAUCGGCCACCGCGUCCCAAACGCACUGCUCAUGCUAGUCAACCUGAAGGCCAACGUGGUUUUGGUCGACUACAGAGGCUACGGAAAAAGCGAAGGAGAUCCUAGUGAAGAGGGACUGUACCAAGACUCAGAGGCCACCUUGGAUUACAUCAUGACCCGGCCAGACAUCGACAAGACCAAGGUGGUGCUAUUCGGCCGCUCAUUGGGUGGCGCGGUGGCCAUCCGUCUGGCAUCGUGCAACCCGCAUCGAGUGGCUGCCAUCAUGGUGGAGAACACUUUCCUGAGCAUCCCACACAUGGCGGCCACGCUGUUCUCUUUCUUCCCCAUGCGUUACCUACCGCUCUGGUGCUACAAGAACAAGUUUCUGUCCUAUAGACAUGUGCCACUGUGCCGUAUGCCAUCUCUCUUCAUUUCGGGCUUAUCAGACCAACUCAUCCCUCCGGUGAUGAUGAAACAGCUGUACGAGCUGUCGCCGUCUCGGACUAAACGCCUCGGUAUCUUUCCAGAGGGUACGCACAAUGACACAUGGCAGUGCCAGGGUUAUUUUGCCGCCCUAGAGCAGUUUAUGAAGGAGCUUCUUAAAAGCCAUGCCCGAGAAGAGACGGCCCAGGGGAUGACCAACGUCACCAUAAUCUAGAACAGUAACUACUAUUGACUGCUCUAAAUCUGGACCUUCUCAAAUAGAAUGUACAAUUUAUUCUCUCUUUUUUUUAUUAUUUCUCUUCUCCCCAACUUCUACGCUCUUUCUUUCCAUUGAUCACACACCAAGAAUUCAUUAUUUACAAUUUCAUUUAUUUAAUAGAGAAGGAUGAAUAUUUUAAGCCUUCAGAAUAUUUUUUGUUGUUUUUUUUAUAUCAAGUGUGACUGCAUCUGCCUCAAGAAUUUAAUGCCCUUUGAGUCCUUUUUUAUUUACCCACAAUUUCUGCCCCUCAUAAGUAUUCUAAUAUGCCCACCACCUGCAAAUGCAAUUGGAAAUAGUUGUUUGCUUAAUUGCAGUGGUCAGAACUUCUUUCUUAGCUUGAUCUCUUCAGUCUAGAGGUCAGUUUUAGAAUAGUGGUUUAAAAUACGUGACUAAAAUAAUGUUUGCGGUUACCAUUAUAUGAGGAGACUGUCACGUAUGUUCUACCUCUUAUAUUUCAUACAUAAAAAAUUAUAGAAGUUGGUAACGGUAAGGUUAAAAUUGCUGAAAAGAUUACUUUAAUUUGAGAUUGAUUUACACAUUUAGAAAACAAAACGGCUUUAAAAAUCACAUUUGACAUAUGGCUGUAUGUUAUUUAUGAUAACCACUGAUUUUAUUUUACUCAUGAAUAAUAAACUACUAUUCCAAAAACUCCUAGGUUUAAGGACUGCUAAACUAAACAACUCUACAAUGCUUUAUUUUUAUUUAUUUUGUUUAUAUGUAAUGUAUACACUUUAUCUUUCUUUCUUUCUUUUUUUGAAACAAAACAGAGGGCUCAUUAAAAUUAUUUGCCUUUUAAAUUCCAGUGAAUACAGUUAAAUGGACCAGGGGCAACUGAUCCUAGUUCACUCAUCUUUGUCUGUGGCAUUUCAUGCAUUCAAUCUUCUAUACCCGGCUGUAAUGUGUUGGAGCUUUAUUUUAUCACACUGCCUUCUUUUUGUUACGGAAGGUUUAAAAUCCACUCAGGAAAUCGGCUCAUUGUGGUUUGAUCCCAUGUCUUGGAUUUGCAUUUGGAGCUGUGUGGGAGAAGUAUAGAUUUCUAUACUGAUUUUCAUGUGGGCUGCAGUUCACUGUGAGCACUGAAUGAAAAUACCAAGAAGCCUAAAGUAUGUUUACUCUUUCUCAGGCUUAGUGAUCUUCUGAAAGUAAGAGUGAAAUCGCACAUAGCAGCUGCUUGACAGUGUUCCAAGCACAGUCCAUUUGCACAACUUGUAAAUAAGAUGUUUUCCUUCUUUUAAUAAGGUCAGUUGCUUAACACCAGAUCUCUGCCAAUGACCUGUUUUUUUUUUGGAUCAUGUUGGAAAAACCUGCCCAAUGGUGCCUGUUGCGCUGUCACACAUCCAUUUUCAAAAAGCAGAAACAUUCACAAUAAUGCAAGGAUUAAUUAACACAAAAAUUUAAAUUGGCAUCAUUUGCUUAUCAUUUAUGCUUUUCCAUACCUGUAUGACGGUUUCUUCGGUGGAACACAUUAGGAGAAAUUUUGAAGAGUGCAUUAGUCACUCUUUUCCAUGAAGUUGCAGAUAGAAGCCUCAAGCUUCUUUAAAAGGACUCAUUAAUAAAAGUGAGAGUAGCAUAAUGUUUAACUUGAAGAGCAACCAGCACAUUCUUUGAAAUGUCUCCUUUUGUGUUCCACAGAAGAAUUUUCAUUCUUUCAGCUAUUUAAUGUAUUGAAUCGGGGGUAAAGACAUGAGGUUUGUGUUUCUGUAGUCUCAUAUUGGUGGCUGACUGUCAAGCAUACAUUAAAAGGUGAACGGUGGACUUUGCAAACCUGGCCCAUUAUGAUGUAGUGUUGGAUCAGUGCACAUUCAAGUCUGUAAUUAUUGCAUGCUUUAGAUGCUCCGCACAUUUCGUUUAACGCUGAUGCACUUUUACGCUCACGUCUGUUGUAAUGCGUGAAAACUGCCUGUGAAUUUUAAGAUGACAGAUUUCAAGGCAGAUUGAUCCUAUGUCAGUUUGCAUGCAAAUUUUGCUAUCUUCAAACCAGAUAUUAUGUCAGGCUUCCAAAGUCCACCUUUCGGGACUUGAUGGUCACUUUGGGGUGCUUACAAAAUUGUAUAGUAGCACAGCUGAGCUCUAGAUGUCUUCAGUUAUGUCUAGUAUUUUUUAUGCUUAUGUGGUAAAAGGACAGUUGUAGUUGAGUAAGUAGUGAAACCAGCCAAUGCAAGAGAAAAAGUUCCCAUGACGUCGGCUUUUGGAUGGUUUCAGUACUUAAGAUACUUGCAUAUCAGUUUAUUGAGCUUUUGAUUUUAAAAGAAAUAUCCCUAAUGGUCAUUAUUGAUCAUUUAGGCCUAAUUCAUAAGAACUGCCUCUAAAUAUUUUCUGAAUAAAAUGAUUUGCAAUAUGUCAUUUAGUUGAACUCAAAGUAAUGUGCCAUGAUACCUUAUUGAAUGUCUGUGUGGUUGAGUGUUAACCUUGAAACAGAGAUGCUGAAACAUGCUAAAAUAAUGAAAAAAAUCUACUUUAGAGUUUGCUAGAUUUGACUAAUACACCAUUGGCAUGUUCUGGCCAUUCUCUGGGGCUAGUUUGUAUGUUGAAAUUGCAUUUCAUCUUGUUCAUAAACUGAAUAUAUGAAAUAAUAUAAAGUGCUGCUCAUGUUUUAUAUUUGCUUUUUACAGUAAAUAGCAGAGCGGAAAGAUUCAGUUCUGAAUGUGCAAGGAGGGUUUUCUUAUUCUUUCGACAUUUGUGUUUGGAGCUCUGGGUUUUCUAUGCGAAUCAUUUGUUCAUGUACAUACAAUUCAAUCACACUUUCUAUUUUCUGUGUGGUGACAUGCAAUAAAGAAAUCAAACCCUUCUGAUAACUUUCCUGCAAGAGUCUUGUUUGUACUUUGAAGCCACUGGUUUCUGUUUCUGAUUUUAACUCUGGAAACUCCACUUUAAAAAGAACGAAACUGAUGAUUUAUUGUUUGUUAUUUUUUUAAUUUUAUACCAAGAAUAGCUUUCGUUUUACUGGUCAGCGUCAUUUAUAUACGUUUCUUAUGUCCUGAUAAUCUAUGAUAACAAAAAUAAGUCUGACAUUUUAAUUUAUCUGCAUUUGACGCAGUUUGUAGGAACAGCCACAAAGAAAGUGGCGACAAAGCAACUUUCAGUUGCAGUGCAAUGUUAAAUACAGUGGGUGUGGACAGCUCGGCAGGAAAAAGAAAAACCAGACUGUUAGCUGGAGAAUUGUAGCAGACAGGACGUUUUUGGUGAGUGCUGUUGCUUUUGUACAGUUUGACUUCAACUGUAGAUCAGAGGAGUUUUCCUCUACAUCAACAAAUAUCGGCUUGAAGAGGAAGGGAAGUUAUGUAUCCAGGAUUUUUCUGAAAGAAAUGUGUGCUAAGAGCUUCAGAGGAACAUUCAUGCCAUAUGAAAGUGAACUGGAUUCAGCAGGCAUAAAGAAAACCUCCAUAUGAGCUUCUUUCUGAGUAGAAACCUCUCACGGUAAGGAUCCUGCAUGAUUGAAGUCAUGUUUUGAGUUUGUUUCCAUCAUGCCUGCUGAAGAUGUUGGUCCAGGUCGGGGUGAAAGGAGAAGGUUGCCCUGGCUGUUUCUGGUGCUUGUCAUUGCUGCAAUCACCUCCUCUUCCCUGUCUGUGAUCUCCUUGUACCAUGUGCUGGCCCUGCAGGCCGAGGUGGAGGGUUUGAGAGCCGAGGUGGUCCGCAAAAGAGAGGAGCAAAGCGGGACACUGGAGGAACCCAUGAAGGGGGCAGAAACACAAACCCAUCAGCAGGAAGAAGAAGAGAACAAAGAGAGAAUCGAGUAUCUGCAGCAGACUGAGAUGGAUGAUACCAUAACGGACCAUAAUGUCCUGUCAAAAAGGAACCUGGGUCAUACUUCAAACAAAGCAGGCAAGCCCACACUUCUGCUUAUUCCGUGAUGCUCAUCUCGUCUUUUCUUAUUUGAGUGUUAACUGAGAAGUGCUGUGGGUUUUGCGUUUACUGACAGGAAUGGUGCGGAGCACAGAUGGUGUAAGAUUAGAACUACUCAGUAAAUAAAAAUUAAAAAACAUGCACAUUGUGCAAAAGUGCACCAUUAGUCAUUUGCAUAUCCUGUUGCUCUAUGAGUCACUGAAUGCAAAACCCUUAUGAUAUUAUUAUUAGAGUUGCACCACCGUGAUCGUUGUCAUCUCUUACAGACAAUACUUUCAGUUAAGAUAUGUGUAAUAAGAAUACAUGUAUGUUCACAGUAAAUUAAUUACAUUUUAUUUUGCUUGUGUGUAUUAUUUAUUUAUUCUUCUG